CGCAUCUUCUCUAGUUCUCUUCUGGCUCCGGCUGAUCAGCUCUGUAUCUCCAUGAUCAUCAUUCUUUAUUGCUGUUGCUAGUUUCAAAGAAAAAGAUCUACUAGUACUCUCAAAUGUCGUCACUUGCCGAUUCCGUGAAACCUCGAGAUGUUUGUAUUGUUGGCAUUGCCCGGACGCCGAUGGGUAGUCACCUUGGCAUCCUUUCGUCUCUUUCAGCGACGGAGCUUGGCUCUAUUGCUAUUCAGGCUGCUCUCAAGAGAGCGAAAGUUGAUCCAUCCCUUGUGCAAGAGGUAUUUUUUGGGAAUGUUCUCAGUGCAAAUUUAGGGCAAGCUCCUGCUAGACAGGCUGCAUUAGGUGCUGGCAUACCCAAUUCUGUAGUCUGCACCACUGUGAACAAAGUUUGUGCAUCUGGGAUGAAAGCGGCCAUGCUUGCAGCAUUGACCAUACAAAUGGGUAUUAAUGAUGUAGUUGUGGCUGGUGGUAUGGAAAGCAUGUCUAAUGCUCCUAAGUACAUUGCUAAUGCAAGGAAGGGUUCUCGCUUAGGACAUGAUACUAUCAUCGAUGGAAUGCUCAAAGACGGCCUUUGGGAUGUUUAUAAUGACUUUGCUAUGGGAAUGUGUGGUGAAAUAUGUGCCGAUCAGCAUGCCAUAACAAGAGAUGACCAGGAUUCUUAUGCUAUUCAAAGUUUUGAAAGAGGAAUUUCUGCACAAAAUGCUGGUCACUUUGCGUGGGAGAUAGUUCCGGUCAAAGUUUCUGGCGGAAGAGGAAAUCCUUCCACACUUUGUGAUAAAGAUGAAGGUUUGGAAAAGUUUGAUCCAGUAAAAUUAAGGAAGCUUAGACCAAGCUUCAAGCAAAAUGGGGGCUCUGUCACUGCUGGCAAUGCUUCUAUCAUAAGCGAUGGUGCUGCUGCCCUAGUGCUAGUGAGUGGAGAGAAGGUGCUAAAGCUUGGAUUGCAAGUGAUAGCUAAGAUUAAAGGAUAUGCUGAUGCAGCUCAGGCACCUGAAUUAUUUCCAACUGCUCCUGCCCUUGCAAUACCUAAAGCAAUAUCAAAUGCUGGUUUGAAGGCUUCUCAAAUUGAUUAUUAUGAAAUAAAUGAGGCCUUCUCAGUUGUGGUUCUUGCAAAUCAGAAGCUUCUUGGUCUUAAUCCUGAGAGAGUUAAUGUACAUGGUGGAGCAGUAUCAUUGGGACAUCCUAUUGGUUGCAGCGGAGCUCGAAUCUUGGUUACAUUAUUGGGGGUAUUAAGACAGAAGGGUGGGAAGUAUGGUGUUGCUGGAGUCUGCAAUGGAGGUGGAGGAGCAUCUGCCCUUGUACUUGAGCUAGUGCCGGAUGCCAGGCUGAGACGUUCUUCGUUAUGAGGGUCAUCUCUUUGGUGCUUUCUUUGUUGAAAGUUAGAGACUCUGAUUUGGGACAAAAUUCUAGGGACUAUUGCGUUGCAGGUGACAAAAUCAGUAGCUAUGUUCGUUAUAAAUUUUUUAAUCUUUAUAAUGAUUAAAAAUUUUAAGGCAAAAUCCUACAUAAUAUGUUUGGAAAAGGUGGUGGGGGUUAUACAUGGAGUAAAAAAUAAUUGCUUUCCGUUGCUAAGUAAAUGGUUGAUUGAGGACGCUACCUUUUAUCCCCUAAAUAGGGUGGGGGGGAUCGAUUCAGUAAUGCAUUACGAGAAGCCAGUAAAACAUGACAACAAUUCUUGAAGGUUUUAAUUCGAAAUGGAUGGAGGGCAGGCUUUUCGUUGUUGAUUGAAGUGCAGUACUAGCUAGACAGUUUUCCUUGA